AGUCCCAGCCAAGCCCAGGAGCGGAGAGAGAGCCAGAGAGGGAGAGAGAGGAAGGAAAAGUUCGCCAAAUGGAUUUCUUUGCUGGAGUCAGACCUCUGUUAUUUUCAUAUGUACUUAUUAAUGGCAUACUAAUUACAUUGCAGACUAAAGAAGAGGUGCUUUUGGACAUGAGGGCCACAGGAGGUGAACUGGGCUGGCUGACAUGGCCUUUAGAUCAGGGGGACAAGCCCGGGUGGGAGGUCGUCCAGAGGACCCUGAACGGCUCUCAGCUCUAUACCUACUCUGUCUGCAACGUUGGAGAACGUGAGCAGGACAACUGGCUGCGCACCACCUUUAUCCAGCGGCGUCCAUCAGCUUCGCGGGUUUUCGUUGAACUCCAGUUUAUCGUGCGCGACUGCAACUCCUUUGACGGCGCCUCGCUGACCUGCAAGGAAACCUUCAACCUCUUCACGUCUGAGUCGGACGCGGACGUGGGCACGACCUUCCGCAAGGGCCAGUUUAAGAAAGUGGCCACCAUAGCGCCUGACGAGAUCACCAGCAAAAAUGAACUACGCAUCAACACGGAGACAAGAGUGGUGGAGAACCUGUCCCGCAAAGGCUUCUACUUGGCUUUUCAAGACAUCGGGGCCUGCAUCGCUCUCCUCUCUGUCAGGGUCUACUACAAAACUUGCCCAGCCACGGUGAAGAGCCUUGCGUCGUUUCCUGAGACCGUGGCCGGAGGCGAGAACCAGGCGCUGAGGGAAGUGAGCGGGGUGUGCGUGGAUAACGCUGUCAGCGAGGAGUUGCCUCGCAUCUACUGCACUGUGGAUGGGGAGUGGGUGGUACCAGUUGGACAGUGCCAGUGCAAGCCAGGCUAUGAAGAAGUGGAAGACGCGUGUCAAGAAUGUCAGGCUGGCUUCUUCAAAGCAGCAGCAUCCGGUGACAAGUGUGAACCGUGUCCUGCAAACACCCAGAGGCUGGACUCUGGAGCUUUGUUUUGUCCCUGCAUGAACGGCUUCUACCGGGCCCCAACCGACCCCCCUACUGGACCCUGCUCAGGCCUCCCCUCUGCCCCACGAGACCUGGUGGCCACCACCAAUGCAGGAAAGCUCCUCCUCUCGUGGAGCCCGCCUGAAGACACCGGAGGUCGGACAGACAUCACGUACAGUGUUGAAUGCCAGCGCUGCGAGGGACUUGUGUGCCAGUCCUGUGGAGAGAAAAUACGCUACGAGCCAGCCAGCGCGGGCCUUAUCGACACCAAGGUUUUGGUGAGCGAGUUGGAUGCUCACCUAAACUACACCUUCACCGUGGAGGCACACAGCGGCGUGUCGGUGUUCACCGAUCAGGCAGUGGCACGGGCUAGUAGACCACCAUCCACCAGCGCUCUGACGACAUCUCUGCUCUACACAGAUCCCCCGAAGAUUACCACAAUGCGACUGGUUGAGAGGACCUCCACAAGCUUGUCCCUUUCCUGGGAUGUGUCGCCCCGACCACGGGCCCAACCCCGGCCCAUCCGCUAUGAACUCACCUACCGCAAGAAGGAUGAUAACCUGGAUGUGACUACCUACAUCGUGCUCAUACAGGAGAAGAAUUCUGCGCAGAUCAGCGACCUGGCCCCGGGCACAGCCUACCUGUUCAGAGUGCAGGCCCUGAGCAGCGAUGGCAGCCCCGGAGGCUCCAGCAUGGAGGAGCAGUUUGAGACCUUGCUGGAAGAGCGCCUUACUCAGAACAACACAGCAGUCAUCUUCGGCGCAGCAGUUGGAGGAGCGGCCAUGUUGUUCAUAGUGAUCGUGGUCCUGUUCCUACGCAGACGGAAAAGAAACUCUCACACCCGCCAAGGACCAGAGGACACUUACUUCUCCAGCUCAGAGCAACUGAAGCCUCUGAAGACCUACGUGGAUCCACAUACAUACGAGGACCCCAACACAGCCGUCCUGAAGUUUGCCACUGAAAUCCACCCCAGCCACAUAACCAAACAGAAAGUCAUUGGAGCUGGGGAGUUUGGUGAGGUGUACCGUGGUAUUCUGAAGGCGCCGGGGAGGAAGGAGGUGGCAGUGGCUAUCAAGACGCUGAAGCCAGGCUACACAGAGAAACAGAGGCAGGACUUCCUAAGCGAGGCCUCCAUCAUGGGCCAGUUCUCCCACCAGAACAUCAUUCGUCUGGAGGGGGUGGUCACCAAAUGUAAGGACUUCUUCCAACAUGCCAUGAUUGUGACUGAAUACAUGGAGAAUGGAGCACUGGACAGGUACCUUAGGGACCACGAUGGCGAGUUCGCCGCCUUCCAGCUGGUAGGCAUGCUGCGUGGCAUCGCUGCAGGCAUGAAGUACCUCUCUGACAUGAGCUACGUCCACCGUGACCUAGCUGCCCGCAACAUCCUCGUCAACAACACCCUGGAGUGUAAAGUGUCAGACUUUGGCCUGUCACGGGUGCUGGAGGAUGAUCCCGAGGGGACGUACACCACAAGCGGAGGUAAGAUCCCCAUCCGUUGGACAGCUCCAGAGGCAAUAGCAUACAGGAAGUUCACUUCAGCUAGUGAUGUGUGGAGUUUUGGCAUCGUCAUGUGGGAGGUCAUGGCCUUUGGUGAAAGGCCUUACUGGGACAUGAGCAACCAUGAGGUGAUGAAGGCUAUCAAUGAGGCUUUUAGACUACCGGCGCCGAUGGACUGUCCCUCAGCCGUUUACCAGCUGAUGUUGCAGUGCUGGCUCCAGGAUCGCUCCAAGAGACCCCGCUUUGGAGACAUUGUCAACCUGCUGGACAAGCUGCUGCGGAGCCCCGACUCCCUGAAGACCAUCGCAGACUUUGACCCACGCGUAUCCAUCCGCCUGCCCAGCACCAGCGGCUCAGACGGUUCCCCCUUCAGGUCGGUGUCUGAGUGGCUGGAGUCCAUCAAGAUGAGUCAGUACAGUGAGAACUUCACCUGCGCUGGGGUCGUCACCAUGGACCAGGUCCUGCAGAUGAAGAAUGAGGAUAUUAAGAACAUCGGGGUGAGGCUGCCUGGCCAUUUGAAAAGAAUUGCCUACAGCAUCUUGGGUUUAAAGGACCAGACCAGCACCCUGAGUGUGUUUGCAGUGUGAUCGUGACAACGAAGGGAAUUAAAUUCGGGCACUGAAGCAGGCAGCCCUUUGAACUCUAAGCUGAGCUGGAGCGAAACUGCAGGGACGGCUUUGGAUCGGCAGGACCAAGAGAACUGUGCCAUCCUUCGAGGCCGACUGAAUGAGACUGACUUACUGUACAUUUUUCAUUUCUUCAUCUUAUCCACACGGGAAUUGAACAAAUAUACAAUAGAUGUAUCAAGUAGACUCUGUAUAUUUAGAUAUCUAUUUUUAUUAUCUAUGUCUUCAGAUUCAACUCAUUGCUCAUUGCUCAUGUGCAUUUAUCAUUUGUUUUCUUCAUUUCGCAUUCCUGCUUCAUAAAAAUCAGCAAACAAGCCAGUCCUUUAUCAAACAAACAAGGGAUGCACAGUAAGUGUGAUAGUAUGGGGGCAGUGGAGUCCAGCCCUGGCUCAGCGUUCUGUUGGUGCUGAUGUCACAGCGUCCGUCUUUAAUUGGCACUUUGGUCCGUUUCCUGUUAGGCCAAUUAGGACGGAGAGUCGAGAGGGCUGAAAUGAGCUUGAGCUGGCCAAAAGUUGAAGAGAUGGUGUUGCUUGAGUGCAUAAACACGGAUGGACUUGGUGUUGUUUCUGGCCUUCUGCUGGCUCUAUGCAGAAAUUAAGCUAUAAUCAUAUAAGUGAUGUUAUAUGAAAAAAGAGAGGAUAUACUGUAUAUGAGGUACUCUGUGUAUACUUUUUUGUUUCCUCAUGUUUGGGCAAUUACCAAAAACAUUGGGAUUAAAACCUAUAAUGUAGCACUUGGAUCAGAGAAACUCAUCAUCUUGGUUUGUCUCAGAAUUGCAAGAAAACGGCUGUUAUACUCAAAAUCCUGAACAAGAUGAAAUGCUAUCAGAGUGAGAAACUGCGUGAAUGAAACUAGAAUGCAAUUCAUCUGUUUGUAGCAUGUCAGUAAUGAAGAGGGGGGAGGGUGACGUUUGCCAAAAUGCAAAUGCCCUGAAAAAAAAAAGUUUUAAUGAUGAUGAGUCUUGUUGUGGUUGAGAUGAUUUCAUACUUAAUAAUAGUUUGGUUUGCAAUUUCAGUGUCUCAUUUAGUUUUGUAGAAGCUAGACAAAUAUUCCUGCAUAUAUCCGUUGGUUGGAGUAACAUGUUGACGGGAUGAAACUAUAUGCUUUGACAAUUUAGUGCCUGACUUGUCCCAGACAUUCAAAGACAUAUUAAAGUGCCUGUCUGUGGAACAUUAGCGGGAGGUCGCUUGUAAAGAAGCAGCUCUCCGGUGUAGUGAGAAGUAUAUAGUGGACAGUUUUCCCAGUGCUCUUAAUUGAUGACUGCAAAUCAUUGUGUUACUGAUGUACACCUUCCUUUACUUGAAUUUUUACUGUAUUUUCAAAUGUAUCUAUGAUUCUAUUGUAGCUGAUAGCUCCAUCUUUGGAAAAGGGAUUUUUUUUUAUUGUUUUUACUCUGGUUUACUGGCUGCAAUUACAUUUAAACACACUUUGUAUGAUUUCACUAUUCACCAUUUUACCAAACUGAUUAUUUUUCUAAAUUCCCAUCUUUUUCACAUACAAAGCAAUGUCUCCUACUUCUGCUGCCUUUCCAAACUUUUAGAGACUUCCUUCAUCAAAGAGCAAACUCCUUCCUUUUUGCCUGUUGUUUUAUACUGUAUUUAAUAGCCUAUUUAUUUUUUACUUUUAUUUAUUUAUACUGAUGAACACUGAGCUGGGAUUAUAAUUGAAGGUUGUUCUCUCAUUCUCAACAAUAAAGAAAAGCUCUAAUGUC